AUGGAUACCAGUGCCGCGUUCGUCCGGUCUCUAGAUGAUGCCCCAUCACAGCUCCGCGAACUUCCCCAGCUACAAGGCUUGCGCAUAGCUCCUCUCCGCCAACCCGUGUCCUCUCGUGUUCUGAGUGUCCCCUCUCCACUCGAACCUAAUGCCAGUGGUGCUGUAGAACCCAGCAACCUCUCCAAGACCAGUCCCUCCGGUGGGCAACUGCCUGCAAAUCUACCUACGCUAACGGAGCUAUUGAACGCUGCGCGAACCAAUGACAAAAAGGACCCUUCGGUCGAUUCGCUUUUGAACCUGGAGACUCCUCCCAAACCAAUCCUACCUGCCUUUGUCAACCUACGCGCCCUCGAGCGGUUUCCAUACUCCUCGUUUCACGAGGAUACUCUCCAUGUUCCACGCAAACGUCGUCGUGUAGACGCCCAGACAGACUCGUUUGGAGAACAUUUGCAGCUUCCAAUUCCUCAAGCGCAGAAAGAGCAACGGCCUCCACCAUUCGGUCCUUUUGCCAUUCUAAAUGGGUUAAAUGAACCCCCUCCGAACGCUGCCCUCUUGCCCCCGAUUGAGUCUGGAUCACUCGCGCGACUUCUUACAAGACCCACAGAACAUGGAUCUGUUUGCGAACCAAUUGGUUCUUCUUCGAAACCUGACCCUCAGCAGUCAGAGAAACGAGAGGGAAGGAUCGAUGAGGUUUGCGGCUCUCCCGUCGACAAGGGGGGAUCGCAUGACCUGACACACCACAAACUGCAAAGUGAAAGUGAUCCCUCGAAAGCUAGAAGGAAAUCUCCAACCCCACCAAAGAAGGACGAUGUACGAUUAUCACCCAAACGCAGAGGUCGUUCGCGCAAGAACUUGAGGAAGUGGACGGAAGAGGAGACGGCUGCUUUACUGAGGGGCGUAAUUAAGUGUGGAAUUGGCAAUUGGACGGCAAUAUUGGCUCAGCCAGAGUUGAAAUUUAACAAGAGGAGCGCUUCAAACCUGAAAGACAGGUUCCGUGUGUGUUGCCCUUGGGCUUACCAAGCUUCCGAUAUAAACCAAGCCACCAAGCAAUUACGUGAUACGUUUGCCAAUGCGCUUCUGAGAGCAGAGACAGGCAGAUCUGGCGGGAAGCUCCGCCUUGCAAAUCCGCAACUAAUGAAUUCUGGGACUGGCUCUGGUACUGCUGAAGGGAACCUGGAGGUGAAUGUCGAAGAUCAACCCAAGGCGUCAAUGGAAUUGACCUCAGCACAGAACGGUGAUUCGAAGGAUCCGGAAGUCAACAGAGGACAUCCACCAUCACCUGAGUCCACAGAGUCUUCGACUAAAUCCGAAUCUACCUUUGAGUCUCUCGGAAUUCCCGAACCUCAUAUCAGUACGAAGUCUCGGCGGCGUUCCCGACGCCCAUUCACUGCGGCCGAAGACGAUGCUUUGCUCAAAGGUCAUGCUAUUCAUGGGUUCCAGUGGACACUUAUCCAACAGGAUAAGAGCCUGAAUCUGGGGCAUAGAAAAGCCACGCAUCUAAGAGACCGAUUUCGGACCAAGUUCCCUCAUGCAUAUCGAGCCGGUGGACCUGUUUAUGAUAAAACACUGCAAAAUAAUACUACUGACGACGGCACUCGAGAAACUACUAAGCAAAUUCCAGUAUUCGCGAACCAUCUCAAGAGCAACAAUGACAAUAACAACAACAAUGAUAGUAAUGAUAAUGACAAUGACAAUGACAACAACAGUGACAAUGAUGGCGGUCAUCGCCAUAAUAUUCAAUCUUCCCUUGGAUCAGGUGUGGGGGGAUCAGGACUGGGAGACUCGGGUUUUCCCAGUAUUGUUCCUCAAGGUUUGCUCGAGCCGCCGUUCCCGUCGUUAGCAACGGCGAGCACAUCCACCGCUGUUGCGGUUUUCCAACUUUCAGCGAUGGAUGAAAAGCCAGCCACUACCGCUAUAACAAUUAACUCUGCGAUUGAAGCAGCGACCUGGGGGGAUAAUACCCUUCCUCCCAUGACUUGGGAUGAGCUAGGGUAG